GUGUUUUUACCUAUCUGUUAUUGUCAUCCAUGUUUCCUAAAAGAUUUUUUGUACUUUUCUUGUAGUUUUAUCUCUAAAUGGAAUCAGAGAGAAUCGUGUGAAGAAUGGGGGAAAAAAAGGGUGAGGUCAUUCAAACUGAAUCUGUGUCUGCAAGCAGUGGUUUACCAAAAAGAAAGUGUCCAUGGAACAAUGAAGAAAGUCAUGUCACAUGGACCUGAUAAGGAGUAUGAGUUCUUGCUGGAUCUGUACUCUCAUGUGAAGCAGUGUGAGACAGGCAGGACUGUUCUUCCAGCAUUACUGCCAGUUUACCAGUCAGCUCCUGCAGUCUGGAACAUAGACCUCUCAGAGAGAAAAGCCUCCCUCCUCCUAGAAGUGCUGAAACUCCAAACAGAGAAGAAACCAGUGGAGCUGAGAGGCUGGUCAGAUGAAGAGAGUGAAGUGAGGAGUUUCCUUCAGUGUCUGCCCUACAUCUCACACCUGAGUUUUAUCCCUAAACAUAAUCAGAGAGAACCAUGUGAAGAAUGGGAAAAGAGAGUGAGGUCAUUCAAACUGAAUCUAUGUCUACAUGCAGCUCUUUACCAAAAAGCACACAUUCAGACAACAGUAAAGGAAUUGGUGUCAUAUGGACUCAGUGAGUGUGAAUUCCUGCUGGAUCUGUACUCACAUGUGAAGCAGUAUGAGACUGAAACAAGCAGCAGGGUUCUUUUAGCAUUACUUACAGUUUACCAGUCACUUCCUGCAGUCUGGAACAUAGACCUCUCAGAGAGAAAAGCCUCCCUCCUCCUAGAAGUGCUGAAACUCCAAAGAGUGAAGAAGCCAGUGGAGUUGUGGGGCUGCUCAGAUGAAGAGAGUGAAGUGAGGAGUUUCCUACAGUGUCUGCCCUUCAUCUCACAACUCAGAUUGGAUGAUGAUGAUGAUGAUGAUGAUGAUGAUGACGAAAGUGUCUGGAUUUUGAUGAAUCUGUUCCAUCAAGCAGCAGAGAGUGAGAGACAGACAGGAGAGAAGACACUGGAGCUGUUAACAUCAGUGUGCACUUACAGCUCUUUCCCUUAUGAAGAUACAGACAGUUACAGACAGAGUGACUUCCUGCUGGAUCUUUACUCACAUGUGAAGCAGUAUGAGACUGAAAAAGGCAGGAAAGUUCUUACAGCAUUACAGCCAGUUUAUCAGUCAGCUCCUGCAGAGUGGAUCAUAAACCUAUCAGAGAGAAAAGCCUCCCUCCUCCUAGAAGUGCUGAAACUCCAAAGAGUGAAGAAGCCAGUGGAGCUGAGAGGCUGGUCAGAUGAAGAGAGUGAAGUGAGGAGUUUCCUUCAGUGUCUGCCCUUCAUCUCACAACUCAGAUAUGCAGAAUCUCUUGUCCCAUAUUUAAAUGAACUGGUUGUUGACUACACAAGAGAGACAGAGCUAUUGACAGCUUUGCUUUCUGCUAUGGACUCUACCUUUACUGUAAAUGGGGUUUUAUCUAAUAAGAAGUGCAGGGCUGUGGGGAGAGCACUGGGCCUCUCACCCUCCCGACUCAGCCUCACUCUAAAGCCCCGAGCCAUCAGUCUCAGAGGAGCCACACUUCUCUUCAGACACAUUACACACCUACAUAAACUCUGUCUAAAUGACAGUGUAUUAGGAAGGAUGACCCGAGCAUUUCGAGCAGAAAGAGCUUGCGCUCCAUUGGUCAUUGAGGAGUUGUCUGUGGUUCUGACAAGAGUUUGGUCAGCUCAGAAGCUCUCCAGGAUCCUGAGCAGCUUGGCUUCCCUCCUGAACCUCUGGACAGUUCAGUGUCUGAACCUUUCUGAGUGUGAGAUGGAAGCUCAUUCUCUCAUUGGCCUCAUGUGUCAUCCUCAACCCCUUAUUAUCAGGUUGUCUAAAGAGACUCUCCAGCAGUUUGCCAUUUUGGUGUAUGAAGUGAAGGAUAGGACGCUAACCUGCUUCUUCCUGGAAAAGGUGGGAGGAGACCUGACUUCCUGUUCUCUCAGCUGGGAGGAGCUUAUUUAUUUUGUCCAACAAGGAGUUUGUCGUGUCACUGUGAAUGUCAUGAAGAGCAAAAUCACUUACACACUUCUCAGGCAGCUUCUUCCUUUACUUGAUAAAGUUCAUAUCAAAAGGCUGUGCUCCAGCAUUGUUCUGUCCAUCAUCAGAGAGAUAUAUGAGACUGGCUCAGCUCACUUUGUGUCCAGCCUCUUGAGUUCAAUAAAGAAUUGUAUCAACCUGAACUGUAGAGAGCUGGACUCUGUCCACUGUGCUGCCCUGCGCUUCACUCUCCAGCGCUGCACAACUGUAUCUCUCGGCCUGCUGUGGACCUCCAUACCAGAGGGGGAGUUAGAGAGCAUUCUGCCUCUGCUCAAUAGAGUUUCCCAUCUCAGUGUUGACAGGCUUCUGUUGCUGAAGCUGCUCCACUGCUGCAGCGUGUCUGAGCUCCAGGAGAGGGCAGCAGCAGCAGUGCUCUCUGCUCUGCAGAACAGACUGGACUUCUCCUGCCAGGCCUGUCUGGACCUAACUACACAAACAGAGAACACCACUCUACAUCUGACCACUGAGGACUGUAGACUCAUCAGCACUGUCAUUCUGAAAGCUCAGAAGCACACAGAGCUCAUUCUAGAGGACUGUGAGAUGGAGGAUGCUGGAGUGGAUGUGCUCUUCUCUGUCUUGAACAUGGUCAGACUACGUUGCAGUAAAGCUCUGCUGCUUCAGUUCCUGGCUCUUGUCUGUGUGGGGACUGAGUUCGCUGUAGCUCUCUCUCAGGCCAUGGGUGGAAAGGUGGACCUGAGUGAGACUCAGCUGGACCUGCAGGUCUGUAAAUCACUGGCGCUGUUUCUGGAAUACACUGAAGGCUUGUCAGAACUGGACCUCAGCCACUGCCGGCUUACUGACCACUGCCUGGACCUGCUUCUCUCACACCUCCAUAAAAUAGAUGUGCUGGAUCUGAGUCACAAUAACAUCAGCGACAAUUUAGCAGGAAGAAUCUACAACAUUGUCUUCAUUAGCAGCAAUAUACGUACAGUCCGGCUCUUCAACAACAGAAUCACAGAUAAAAAGCCCUUCCUAAAUGAUAAACGCUUUGAGAUCUGGUGAUGACUGUCGACCACUAAACCCUGCACAGAUCACAAGAAAUACAACUUUUCAGACUUCUCCAGGACUGUUGGCAUUAAUGAGUUAACCUGAGAUAACCAACAUCAGUUCAUUGUUCUGUUACUAAAGAUCUGUAAUUGGGCAGUAAUUGUUUUUGAACUCUUCUCAUUCAGAAUUUUCAGGCUGAUUAACUUUAGUGGAAAUUUUAAUGUUCACAGUGUCAGGAAUGGCACAUGGAAAGUACUUCACACUUUGAGUUUUACAUCUUUCAUGUUUUGUGUUGAAACAUUUGCUUGUGUUUAUUUUUCAUCUUCAAACUAUG